AUGUUCACCAGCAAUUGGGUCGAAAAGAAUGCCAAUGAUUACGACGAACUUAUUUCCGCUAUCAAUAGAGGCGAUGCAAAUACUGUAGAAUCUAUACUGAAUAAAUGUUCUAUAUCAGGCUGGGAAGCUAAUCCUCUUUACGACGCAGUUUCGUGUAAAAAUGAAAGAAUCAAGCAAAUGAUGUGCGAUCACUACAGAAAAUUUGACAGAUACAGUGUGAUUGUAUUGAAAAAGAUAAUCAACGACUGGGAUAACUUCACUGCCAGAGAUAAAAAAAUCUACGAAACGAUUAUUUACGAAUUGACUGUCAACAACGACAAUAUAAGUAAGAACAACAUGAGUGGAUCAGUGCUUGCCCAAGCAUGUGGAUCGGGUACCAUCGACAUUGUCAAAGUAUUAAUAAAGCAAGGAGCAAACUUGAACUUUACGGAAAAAAAUUCAAAAAUAGCACCACUGCACGUAGCCAUACUGAAAAAUCAAGCAGCUAUAGUAGAGGAGUUGUUGAGAGCAGGAGCCAAUGUCAACGUGUCGGACAAAGAUGGUAAAAGAUCAUUGCACUUCGCCGCGGAAACCGGAAAUGUAAAUAUCAUGAAAGCAUUAUUGAGACACGGUGCCAGUCUCGACAGUAAGAAUUAUAGUUCGAAAUGUACACCUUUGUAUCUAGCUGUUGAGAAAGGUCACGUGAGCAUGGUUGAAGAAUUGGUUAAAGCCGGCGCCAGUGUAAGCAUACCAGCAAAAUGCGAGAAAAAUCCGCUGCACCUCGCAUCCGAACUGGGAUUUUCAGAAAUAGCGAAAGUGUUGUUAGCUUACAAAGCUGAUCCCAAUUGUGAGAUCGCUGUCACCCAAUACACGCCAUUGUUUCUAGCCGUGGAAAAGGGUCAUCUAGCCGUAGUAGAAAGUCUGUUGGAAGCUAAUGCUCGUGUAAAUGCUUUAGCUGCAGAUGGCAAGACUCCGUUGUACGUGGGAUUAGAAUUUGAUAGACAUGAAAUUGUCAACGUGCUGCUUGAACAUGGCGCCAACGUACACGUCAGAGAUAAUACUAACAGCUCAACUCUGUUACACACUGCUGCACGCUAUGACAACAAGAUUAUGAUUGAAAAGCUAAUUGCUAUAGGAGCUGAUAUUCAUUCGAGGGACAUAUCCGGGAAAACGCCACUUCAAGUAGCAGCUCAUCAUGGAAAAGAAGCCGCGCAAUUGCUGUUAUCGUUGGGGGCUGAUAAAUCCUUGCAAGAUUAUAACGGACAAUUGUCUUUUCAUGAAGCUAUUCAAAAUAAUCUCCAAGUAGUAGAUUUAUUUUUUGAUGUGAAUGAAGCAAGACAAAGUCAUGCUUUUCAUGAGUUUGUCAAUGAUUUUCUAGAAAAAUGUCACUGCCCGUUUAAUUGUUCUGCAAAAUCAAAUGAUUCUAUCGAUCGUGUGAUGAUGCACUUAAUAAAGUUCGAUGCUAUAAAUAUACAAAUUCAUGACCAUAGUCAGCUAAAAUUUCAUAAGAUUAACGGAAAAAAAUAUUACGACGAUUGUUUAGCUGAAGUUGAACAAUUGAAGCAAUUUGUUUUAGUCGAUGACUCCAUAUCUCUUUACGACUUUUUGCAUAUGAAACCAAAACGUAGACUUGCUUAUAUUGAGCGCAUACCAGCUGAUCUUGUAGAAUAUAAAAUAUACAACCAUCUUAUUGAAGAUUACGUGAAUGAAACUAUUGAGAGAAAAUCACUUUUUGAAAUGACCAGAAAAGCUUUGUAUGAAAUAUCAAAUAUCUUUCUCCCGGAUAUCUGCGUCGAAUAUAUAUCUGAUUUUUUAAGCGUAGAAAAUUUAAGAAAUUUAUGUAAUAUUUAA